CCAUGUGUGAUGCGCCGUGACGUCACUCAGCUCCAGCACAGCAACAAAGGAGGAUGCGGAGCUCCGUGCAGGAACCAAAUCCCGUUAAAAUGCUUUUCUUUUGUCUUACGAGGCCGACAUAGCACACAACCAUGUAACAACUGUCCAUAUUUAUAUGGAUAAAUGAAGUGGCGUAGGAUUCGUUGGAGGAAGCGGGGGGAGAGAGAGAAUGUACUGGGUUGCUGGUUUCGCCUCCUCCCGGUCGUUCGUGGUUGAUCUCGGCCGGAAUCAGAGCCCGUCCUUCGGGUUGUGUGGCUCUGAUGAGCGUCACUUAUUUUAUGGGGACAUAGUUGCCGUCCCUGUGCAGGAUAUCGGUGGGAUCAUGUCGGGAUUGGUAUCGGAUUCCUGGUGGAGGAAGACGCUUUACAUCACCGGAGGUGCCCUGCUGGCUGCGGCUGCGUAUCUACUGCACGAGCUGCUCUCCAUCAGGAAAGAGCAAGAAUUGGAUUCUAAAGACGCCAUCAUCCUUCACCAGUUCUCCAGGCCAAAAAAUGGGGUGCCAAGCCUGUCACCUUUCUGCCUGAAAAUGGAGACAUAUCUGCGCAUGGUUGAUCUGCCCUAUCAAAAUUACUUUGACGGAAGCCUCUCUUCCCAGGGCAAGAUGCCUUGGGUUGAGUAUAACUACGAGCAGGUAUGUGGAACUGAAUUUAUAAUUGACUUUCUGGAGGAGAAACUUGGUAUGAGCUUGAACAAGAGUCUGAGCGCUCAGGAGCAGGCGGUAGCACGGGCCAUCACCACCAUGGUGGAGGAACACUUGUACUGGACCAUUGCAUACUGUCAGUGGGUGGAUAAUGUUCAGGAGACUCAGAGGAUGCUGGACCUUCCCGGACCCCUCAGUGACCUGCUCAAAUGGACCCUGUGUCAGCUGACUGGUGGGAUUGUAAAGAGGGAGAUGUACUGUCAUGGCAUUGGCUGCUUCACUAAAGAGGAGGUUUACACCCUCAUGGAGAAGGACAUGCGCACACUGGCCACACUGCUAGGGGAUAAGAAGUACAUCAUGGGUCCCAAACUGUCCAGUGUGGAUGCCACAGUGUUCGGUCACCUUGCACAAGCCAUGUGGACGCUGCCUGGAACACGGCCCGAGCAGCUCAUUAAAGGAGAACUGAUCAACCUCGCCAUGUACUGUGAGCGCAUACGGAGGAAGUUCUGGCCCGAAUGGUUUGUGGACUUAGAGGACUUCUGUUAUGACAGCGACAAUGACAGCAGCGGGACGCCCACCUACCAGCUGGACCUUGGUCUCUUUUCCAGGACCGACACUUUAGAGGAGAGCGAUCUAAGCCUGCCUUCAUACAGUAACUCAAACUCUGACCACUCUGGACGCUCGCUCUCAGACUCUGACAUUGAAGUAGAUGGCUCAGAUGUGGAGCAGGUCAAGGGUUAAAUCUAAUAGAGGUGGUGGUUGUUAUCUGCUGGCACACAAAACUGAUAUUGAUCAUUCAUGCCUGGAUAAAUCACACUUUGAUGGACCUGAAGUAGAAACAAAACGUGUGUAUACAACUUGACAUCAGUCAUGGACAAGCAAAAGUCGGACGCUCGCUUCAGUUCCCGUUGUGAGACGUGUAAAAGACCAUCCGUUCUCAGUUGUACAUCUUGGACAGUCACCUUUGUAAAAACAUUAUAUCUCAUCCAUCUUUCUCAGAUGUUUUAAAUUACAGCAGUUCAUUUGUCCACAGUUUCAGUAUGGUUUUGAAUUGGCUUUAAUUUCUAGGAAACGAUUGAAAUUCAACUCAUUG